UGGGGGAUAAGGUGUUUUGUGGAGUUAAUUCGCUCAAUUUGAUGCUAGAUUGAAGAUUUCUCUUGUUUUGGUUGUGAUUUGAGUUGAUUUAUAGCUUGUGAAGGUGGAGAUUCAAGGUUUUGUGUUGUAAAGGAAAUUUAGAUGUGUUGAAGAAGCUCUUUCAUCAAGUAAAAUGACAUCUUCUGAGGUUUCAAGCAAAGGCAACAGAGACACGUUUUCUUCGUCUUGUUUUAGUGAUAGAAAUGACGGAGUUACUGACACGAGAAAUGGUAUGGCUGCCUCCGGUCCCGGUAAAGCUGAUGCGGACAUAGCUCUUUAUAAGGAUCUAUGGCGAGCAUGUGCGGGUCCGCUUGUCACCGUGCCUCGCGAGAACGAACUAGUGUUCUAUUUCCCUCAAGGACACAUCGAACAGGUUGAGGCGUCGACAAAUCAGGUGGCGGACCAACAGAUGCCGGUGUAUAACCUUCCGGCCAAGAUACUUUGCCGAGUCGUUAACGUCCAGUUGAAGGCAGAGCCAGACACGGAUGAGGUGUUCGCGCAAAUUACUCUGAUGCCUGAACCUAAUCAAGACGAAAAUGUCGUCAAGAAGGAACCACCACCACCACCAGAAUCACAGUUUCGUGUGCAUUCUUUUUGCAAGACGCUGACUGCUUCAGAUACUAGCACUCAUGGUGGAUUUUCAGUUCUCAGACGUCAUGCUGAUGAAUGCCUUCCUCCAUUGGACAUGUCAAGGCAACCCCCAACACAGGAAUUGGUGGCUAAGGAUUUACAUGGAAGUGAAUGGCGUUUCAGGCACAUAUUCCGAGGUCAACCCCGAAGGCAUCUGCUUCAAAGUGGUUGGAGUGUAUUUGUUAGUUCAAAAAGGCUUGUAGCUGGGGAUGCUUUUAUAUUUCUAAGAGGCGAGAAUGGUGAACUUCGUGUAGGAGUAAGACGUGCAAUGAGACAACAACCAAACAUACCUUCAUCUGUCAUAUCCAGCCACAGCAUGCAUCUUGGAGUCCUUGCAACAGCCUGGCAUGCCAUUCAAACUGGAACAAUGUUCACAGUUUAUUACAAACCUAGGACUAGUCCAUCAGAGUUCAUUGUUCCCUUCGAUCAAUACAUGGAAUCUGUCAAGAACAAUUAUUCUAUCGGAAUGAGAUUUAACAUGAGGUUCGAAGGCGAAGAGGCUCCAGAGCAAAGAUUUACUGGAACUAUUGUUGGGAUUGAAGAACGUGAGCAACAAAGAUGGCCAGAUUCAAAAUGGAGAUACUUGAAGGUAAGAUGGGAUGAAAGCUGUACAAUCCCACGUCCAGAAAGAGUUUCACCAUGGAAAAUAGAACCUGCUCUUGUUCCUCCUGCAAUCAAUCCACUUCCAAUCCACAGACAAAAGAGACCUCGGUCAACCAUGUUGCCUUCAUCCCCUGAUUCCUCUGUUCUCACCCGAGAAGGUCCAUCAAAAAUGGUGACAGCAGACCCUUCACCUGCAACCGCAAACGCAUUCUCAAGGGUCUUGCAAGGUCAAGAAUUAUCGACCUUGAGACCCACUUUUGUGGAUAGCAACGAAUCAGAUUCAUGUGAUAGGUUAAUCCAGUGGACACCUUCUGUAGUAGAUGAUGAAAAACGGCAUCAUGGGUCAGAUAGAAUUUUAUCAGUUGGGAGAACUCCAGAGUCAUCUUUCACAGAUCUGUUAUCAGCAAUGAAAUUUCAUAUCAAAGCCGAGAUGUUAGGUUUAGUGCUUUUGACGAGUAUUCCGGUCAACAUAGUCAAAGGGGAAACGGAGAGCAGGCUGAAACCAAAAGAUGGAAACUGUAAAAUAUUUGGGGUGCCACUUGCUGGUAACAGAAACAUAUCAGCAGAUGCAGCAGCAACACAUCAGUACCACAUAUUUGAUUCUGAUCAAUCCAAGCGUUUGAAAGUCAACGAUAGUAAUCCAUCUAAAGAGCAAGAUAAAGAAUACCAACAUUUCCAGCAAGCGAAACUCCAAGGUGUUUCUGUUUCUACAAGGAGUUGUACAAAGGUUCACAAACAAGGGAUUGCUCUUGGGAGAUCAGUGGAUCUUACUAAAUUUAACGACUACGAUGAACUGAUUGCUGAGCUGGACGUUAUAUUUGAAUUCAAUGGUGAACUAAAGACACGCAACAAGAACUGGCUGGUUGUGUAUACAGAUGAUGAAGGUGACAUGAUGCUUGUUGGAGAUGAUCCAUGGCAGGAAUUCUGUGGGAUGGUUAGGAAGAUCUUCAUCUACACCAGAGAAGAGGAAAAUCGAAAACGCAUAAGUGCUCUAAUUCAUAUAUUAUAUAAAUUAGGUCGAUGUUGUAGGUGAAUUAGGGAGUAGUGGUAUUGGGAACAACUGAAAUAAAUAUUCGAGUUGCAUCAAGAUUCUACUCCUUCCAACUUCCCGAAUGAUGACGUUGAGUCUUGGUAAUAUAAUAUUUUCAAUUUUGGACAACUGGAGCUAUAAUAUAUAUAUAUAUAUUGCUAUGUUAGCUCCUCUAUAUAUAAUAUAUGAUACACGUAAACAUAUAUAUAUAAUAUAAUAUAACGAUGUUUGAGAACAGAACAUGGUGUAAUGCUUUUCGGUCUCAAGUCGUUUUACCCUGUACAGAGUCUGUUUUCCCACUUGCAUGCAUGUAACAAGUAUAUGUCAAUGAAAGACUCGAUUUGGCUUAUAGCUAUAGCCUACAUUCUCAAAUCUUAUUUCACGCGUGUUAUUUAGCCAUAAAUUUUCCAUCAAGUUGUGUUUCGACUUUGUAUGCUUAUCUUGUAUCCAAGAACAAAAAUGUUGGAACUUUGUAGCCUUCGUAAUUGUUGUUCUAACUAGAUAUAUAUUUAGUUAAAAAAUGUUGUAAAAUAAUUUUUGAAAGUGUUUGUAAAUUGAAACUUUUGAUAAGUGGUAUAAAAUAUCAACAAAAAUGUAAAGCAUGUGAACAUGAGUGUUUAUGUGGUUUAGUUACGG